UCUUGUUUCAGGCGCACUCCCUCCUUACUACGGCCUGUGUGUCCAGUUUGAGGAAAGUGGCUACCUAUAUCAGGACUGUCCAGUGUACAUUGACAACAAUGACCAGACCACUGUGGUAACAGAUGCUGGAAACUCCACAAGAGAACAAACUGAAGACCAAAGGUCCAACUUCCUACCUCAGAAUUUUCUCAGGAUAUCAGAGGUGGAAAUGCGAGGUUCUGAAGAUGUGACUUCAGGAACUGUACUUCAGAGACUGAUCCAAGAACAGCUUAGAUAUGGCAACCCCAAUGAGAAUAUGAACCUCCUUGCUAUACAGCAUCAGGCAACAGGGACUACCGGACCAACCAACGUGACCACUAGCUCUGUUUCCUCUACAGAGAACCUCACUCAAGAAGACCCACAAAUGGUCAGCCAGUCAGCCCGGCAAGAACCACAGGGGCAAGAACAUCAGGUGGACAACACCGUGAUGGAAAAAACACUGAGGAACUCUCAGCCCCAGCAAAACAACGAGGAGCUACCUACCUACGAGGAGGCAAAGGCUCAAUCACAGUUUUUUAGAGUCCAACCAGGACCUAUGGGACCUGGAUUUUAUGUCGCUGGUGUGGUGGCUAACCACAAAUCUAAAACGGAAGGCCGGGCAACUGUAAGCCGGGCCAGCAGUGGACAGGCUCAUAAAGAUGAAGUACUUAAAGAACUCAAACAAGGUCAUGUGCGCUCUCUGAGUGAGCGAAUAAUGUUGUCGCUUGAAAGGAACGGCGUCAAACAGCACUCCUCUACUUCUGGUAGUAUUAAAGGUUUAAAAAAUUGUGUCCCUUCUCCAGUCCCAACCUCAGGAAAGGGAACGGAGCAAAGAGGGCCUCCCCCGGACUAUCCUCACAAAAUCAAACAGGCUCCAACUCCUGUGAAUAAAAUUCAAGAGCAGGGACACUUUUAUAAUGAACACCAAUACCCAAUGGUGCACGAAAUGGUGAAGGCCUAUCCAGGCUCCCAACCAGCUAGAACUGAGGUUUCUAUUCUACGCUACCAGCCUCCCCCAGAAUAUAACAUCACCAGCCGGCAACAGCUUCCACAGCUUCCCUUCCCAUCUGUCCCCGCUGCAGCACCACAGCCCCAUGUCCUCCCAAGCAUCCUCCAUAUGUAGCUCUUUGCACUCAUCCUCUCUGCCAUUAUUCCCGAUGGGGAUGACAUCCCACCCGACACCAUCACCAUCUCCAUCACCCAGCCAGCCGCUCCCACCAGAGGCUUUCACCAUUGUGGAACGGGCACAUCAGAUGGUGGAGAUCCUAACCCAGGAGAACGGUACCUUGAGACAGCAGCUGGAGAGCUGCUAUGAAAAAGCAGACAAACUUCAUAAGUUUGAAACAGAAAUCCAGAAGAUUUCAGAAGCCUAUGAGAGUUUGGUGAAGUCAUCCACUAAGAGGGAGGCAUUGGACAAAGCCAUGAAGAACAAACUGGAAGCUGAAAUCCGACGUCUGCACGACUUCAAUCUGGAUCUGAGAGAUCGUCUGGAAACUGCCAACAGGCAGCUGGCCAACAGAGAGUAUAAUGGACACGAGGAGACAUCGGAAGAGGUCCACUACACAUUGAAAAACAAAGAGCACUUGAAGGAGAUGGAGAGCCUGGAGCGCGAGCUGGCAGCACUGCGCACUACCAAUGAGGAUCAGAGGAGGCACAUUGAAAUCUUAGAGCAAGCUCUGAGUAAUGCCCAGGCCAAAGUCAUCAAACUGGAAGAAGAGCUACGUAAAAAGCAGGUGUACGUGGAGGAGGUGGAGAAGCUGCAGCAAGCUCUGACCCAGCUCCAGGCCGCGGGAGAGAAGAGAGAGCAGCUAGAGAGACGGCUACGGACCAGGCUGGAGAAGGAGCUGGAGUCUCUUAGAAUGCAGCAGCGACAAGCAAGCUGUCAAAAUUCCAGCAAUGGAGAGUACAGUGCCCCUGCCCUCAUGGACUUGCUGAGGAAAAAGGAAGAGACGAUCUUGGCUCUAGAAGCAGAUACCACCAAAUGGGAACAGAAGUACUUGGAAGAGAGCGCCAUGAGGCAUUUCACCAUGGAUGCCGCAACUACAGCUGUAGCUCAGCAAGAUUCAUCUAUUAUGAGUCACUCAAGGAAUGGAAGCCACAAUGACAGCUCUCUGGAGGUUCGGAUGUGGCAUGAAGAAGAGGAGAUUGUUCAGGCUAACAGAAAGUUUCAGGACAUGGAGCACACGAUCAAAAAUCUUCAUGCAAAGAUCAUCGAGCAGGACGCCAUGAUAAAAGUUCUACAUCAGCGUUCCCGAAAAGAUCAAGGGAAGAAUGACAGCUCCAGUCUGCGUCCUGCCCGCUCUGUGCCUUCCAUUGUAGCUGUGGCAGCGGUCACCAGCGGCACCCAUUCACGGCAAACAUCUCUGUCCAGCAGUCAGGUUAUAGAGAAGAAGGAGGACAAGACCCGCAAAGGCAGUAUAGGUCUGAUUCAGGGAAAAGAAAUCAAAGACAAUCAUGAAAGUCCCUCUCCUUCUUUAAUGCUUCCGCUUCCGUCUUUCUUGCUGCCACCACCCUCUGCAUCUCUACCAGUCACUGUGUCACAUGCCAAAACUGGGAGCAAAGACAGCAGCACACAAACAGAAAAGAGUUCUGAUCUCUUCUGGCCAACCAGUUCCUCCUUACCUGGCAGAGGACGGAUGAAUACCACCCCUUCCAGUAGUCCCCUUCUAUGGCACACCACCAAUAAAGAGAAGUCAGAUCAUUCCCCCAUCCUUGGAAAGACUCUGGAAGCCAAAAUCAGAGCAAGCAGCAUGGCACACAAGGCAGACUUUUCAGAACCAGAUAAUGGCAUGGAAGUGCUUAUUUAG